AUGAACGUUUUUCCAACCACCAUUAAAGUAGUUCAUGAGAGAGGAACUUCAACUAUAGAUGGAUCAUCUACAUAUGGGAAUUCUACAUUGGGCUUAUUCCCUCUUCAAAUGAUUUUAGAAUUUAGUCAAGUAAAAAGCAAGACUGGUGUAGAUAUUUGGAGUAGUGAACGUGUAAUGACAAUGUCAUCGGUCACCUUGACUCGUCAAGGAAAGGUAUACCAACUACCAGAAGGUAAUUUCCAAUGCAAAGAAAGUCCACCACUUACCAUCUCAUUGACUUUACUUAAACCUUACAAACAAAUUCCAGUAAAAUACAAGGAUAUGAGGAAUAUUAGAUGGAUGAUUAGAAAUGGAUAUUUAAAACUACUCAGACACAAGUUGGCACAUAGACAUCACUUGACAACACUACUAGAUAGCAAUGACGUUGCACUGUUGUGUGAGAUGGUGACUGAACAAGACAUUGACAUAUUUGACUAUAUCUACUUUAAACAUAGUCAUCUAUUUCUUUGUCAUAGUGUUGUUAAUGGGGCUGCAAAGAAUCGAGCGACUGCCUACCCACUCAAACUACUACUAUCUAGAUCACAACAAGAUGGUGGUUAUGCAAUGUGGAGAAUUGAAACAGUUCGUUGCGCUGCAAUGGCUCGGUCCGUCCCAUGUACGAGUUUUCUCCUCGAUCGAUUGCAGAUGGUCAUGUCUGGACAGUUGCAAGACCCUCUCUUCUCACAUCCAACCCAGAGUCUUAAAUUGGGUUUACUCGAUCUAUUUAAUUCAUGUCGAAGUGAUCCCGGUAAUCUCGACGAGAUGGCUCGUCUAGUAUGUCGGUGGAUCCAGCAACUACCACCUAAUCUACCAAACAUGCGAAACUUCACAUUGAAGCGACUCGGGGGUGCACCUGAGAAGCUGAUAUCAGUGAAUCACUUCCAUCUACCACUCGAUGUAUUUCGAUUGGUGUUUGGGGAUUCGUUGGGAUCACCGACGACUGACCAAACCAUCGUUACAAGCAGGUAUAUCCAAUGGCUAGACAUUGUCGCCUCUGAUUACUUUUUUGAUGGUGGUGAAAUAGAGAUGCCCGAUCGUUACAUGACACACCUACAGACACUCAUUGGAAUCCAAUCCUACCAAAAAACCACGAAACAACGACUCUAUCCCGCACCCGUAACACGUAGUAAUAUAGAAAUGAUCGAUUAUAUCGAAUCAAAACUGGCUAGUGCUAGUGGACGAGGAGGAGGAGGAGGAGGAUUACAAACAAGAAAAUCUAUCAUGCAGUGUAUGCAAGACAACAACAAUAAUAAAAAUAAUAAUAAUAAUAAUAAUAAUAAUAAUAAUAAUAAUAAUAAUAAUAAUAAUAAUAAUAAUAAUAACAAACAGGAUAUCGAUGAAAAGGAAUAUAAAUGGGUUUAUUUGAGAUGGAUGAUAGAGUCUGGUAGAAUAGAGAGCAUUCGACUAAAGAAUAGAUGGGUUCAAGGUAUGAUACAAGCAGCUGUCAUGGAACAACGAGAAAUGGAACUAUUGUUACUCUUGACAACACCGAUCAACGAUGUCGAUUGGAUGUAUAUUUAUUACAAAGAUCACGGUAACAAGGUUGCCAAUGACAUUAUCCGAAGAGAAAUUAAAAAGAAUCACUUAACUACACAAUUUGUUACAUGUCCAGACGAGGUUAACAAGGACAACGUUGGUGGUGACGAGUUUAAUGACGAGUUUCAACUAAAUCAAGAUACUGGACACAUUGAAAGGACAAUUUAUCUGGCCAUCAAAGGUGGUCAUUUAGCUUUUAUUAAAAAGAUAUAUAUUACAUAUGACCCAUCAUUUAGCGAUGUAAAGCGAUACCACUACUUUAAACAACUCGAUCUUCUCAACAAGGCAACUCAACUAAACCAAUUUAAAAUUGUAAAAUGGCUCAUCAAAAAGAUGAUGAAACCCAAUCAACAUCUUGACAAGACUCAUAUAGUCAAGGUAUUACAAAAGGCAUUGGAAACUGCUCUGCUUUGGGGACACUCUAAAAUUACUGAUCUAAUCCUGUCACAGGUGCCAGACGGCUAUGUAUUUUCAUUCGAACUACUCAAUGUGGUGGCCAUCUCUGGCAACCUAGACUUUUUUAGAGCAAUCACCAAGUUUGUUGAUAAAAACUAUAGAGAUAAUCAGCUACACCAAACAUUGACAUCGGCAUUACAAAGUGGAUCAGUUGAAUUGGUACGAUAUAUUGUAUACGCCCUCUUGAAAUGGCCUCCUCUCUCAUUUCCAUUCAUUUCAUUUAAACUCAUUCCACAUGCCAUUGAACAAGGUCACAUUGAUCUUGUCAAAUUUUUCCUCGUAUCUAUUCAACACACUCAAGAAGACUUGAUAAACCUUGGAGUAUGUGCUGUUGAUUUUGGUCGCUAUCAAGUACUCGACCAUCUAGUUCAAAAGUGUAAUUAUCAAAUCACACGCAAUGACUUGUGGAGAGCUUUCAAUGGUGGUAAAACAGUCUUGCUCCAAUACUUGGUCAGUGACAUUCAAUCAAAUCACUUUAAAUUAUUAAAAAUUGACAUCAAAGAGUAUCGUACCAAUACUUUUAUUUGUACAAGUUCUUGGUUUAUUACAAAAAAUAAACAUUUAUUAUUUUCAAGUUAG